CGCGAUAGUACCCAAGACCUGGAGCAAUGGACCUCUUAGGCACCUCUGUCGAGACCGUAGUGCGCCGGGCGGGCAUCAAUCAUAUCCCCGAGCCUCGCGCGGGGAAAGUCGUUAGUAUUAUUGUUGCCAUGAUGUCGGCAUGUCUAGUCGCUAGCCUUUUCGUUGUACGUUGGCUGUCGGUGAGAGACUGGAGGAUAUUGCCCUGGACCAUGUGGCUCGUCUUGUUGAUCUACUUCUUCUCAUUCGUCUUUGUCUUUGGGACGUCUAUUAUUCAGUUUGGAUAUGGAGCCGACCUCAACUUCCAUACGUGCUCUGCAGCCACCUUUUUCUGCUUAGGGGGAUACGUCACAACAAAGCACAUCAUUCGACAAACAAGAAAGAGUCGCUUGAAGUCGAAACUUUACCUCAUCAACUCAUUUGGCAUGCUAGGUGUAUUCGUGCUGAUUGUUAUUAUGAAUUUCAUCUUCCGAAUAACACAUUUCGAGGAUGGCAUUUGCAUCAUUGGGAUGCAAACACCAGUGAUACUGCCGCUGAUCUCAUUUGAUGCGGCCGUGAACGUCUACCUCACAAUUCUGUUCUUGCUGCCUCUAUUGAGUCUUCACUCCGUAAAAUAUAACUUCUGGAGGCCAUGGACCCUGGACUGGAGAAAUAGACGCAUCUCGCGAGCCCCUCCUAACAUCAGACUGCGGAAACUCGUCAUUCCCCCGAUUUGCAGUGCUGUUAUGAUUUGUCCUUUCCUAGUAGCCUCCGACUUUGCGUUUCCAUGA